CUAUCAAUGGCCCCUUUUCUGUACUCCACAUCCUGUCCCAUUCAAAAAACCACUCAUCCCAGAUAUCAUAUAAUUGCUCCCAGCUCAGUAUAUAUGAGAAUUCUUCUUAUGAAAUAAUGAAAAUUCUUUACUUUCUGCUUCUUUCAAGGUUAUUACAACCUAUAGGAGUGGAGGGUUAAUUAGUUGUGCUUAAAAAUUGAAGCUUUGUUGUUUGGUAUGUGAAUCUUGACUCUAAAACUUCUUCACUUUCUAGCUACUUCUUUGGAGUGAAAAGACGGAAGGGUUUGCUUAAAAAUUGAAGCUUUUUUUGUUUGGUUUAUGAAUCUUGAGUGUAGAUUGAGCAGCUGGGAUUAGGCAAAGGAGAUGCGGGGUUCUACUAAUUCCGCCGCUAUCCCAGACCCAGUGGAUAAUUAUUGUGUGCCACUGAAGAUGAUGAAAAGUUCUGUGUCUAGAAGCUGGAUUUUGUUUGACAAGAGAGGACAAAGCGCUAUCCUGGAUUUGGAUAAGCAGGGGAUAAUGAAACGGGUUCCGAUACACACCAGAGAUCUUAGAAUCCUCGACCCUCUCCUCUCUUAUCCCUCUACAAUUCUUGGAAGAGAAAAAGUCAUUGUUCUCAACUUGGAGCACAUUAAAGCAAUUAUUACAACAGAAGAGGUAUUACUUCGUGACCCACUGGAGGAUAAUGUUAUCCCGAUUGUUGAAGAACUGCAAAGAAGGUUGCCUCUGGCUACUGGCCUAGGUGAAGGAGAAGAUGAUGAACAACCCCAACCCCAACCUGGGAUAAGACCUGAUAAUGAGCAAACCGAGUUUCCCUUCGAAUUUCGAGCUCUAGAAGUAGCGUUAGAAGGUAUAUGUAGCUCUCUCGACACACAAACAAGAGAUUUGGAGACUACUGCCUACCCGGCUUUGGAUGAACUGACUGCAAAGAUUAAUAGUCGUAAUCUUGAUCGAGUGCGUAAACUCAAGUGUGCGAUGACAAGAUUGACUAGUCGGGUCCAGAAAGUGAGGGAUGAACUCGAGCAGCUUCUUGAUGAUGAUGACGACAUGACAGAUCUUUACUUAUCGAGGAAACUGGCUGCAGCUGUUUCUUCGCCCGUGAGCUGCAACCUGGUUCCAGACUGGUUCCUCGACUCCCCAACUAUAAGCUCGAAAUUAUCCAGAGCGAGUAGGAAAAGCAUGACAACAAGCCUUGGGGAAACUGAUGUUGAGGAACUCGAAAUGCUGCUCGAGGCUUACUUUGUACAAAUCGAAAGCACUAUGAACAAGUUAACCACGUUGCGAGAAUACAUUGAUGACACAGAGGACUAUAUUAAUAUACAGCUAGACAAUCACCGGAAUCAACUGAUCCAGCUGGAGCUGUUCUUGAGCUCAGGCACUGUCUGUUUGACAGUGUACUCAAUGGUGGCUGCCAUUUUCGGCAUGAACAUCCCACAUCAAUGGAAUGAAAAUCACGGUUAUCUUUUCAAAUGGGUGGUUAUCUUCACUUCCAUGAUCUGUGCUUCCCUCUUCAUAUCCAUAAUCGUAUACGCUCGACACAGGGGCCUGGUGGGAUCUUGAUAUAUACAUGCAUGAAUCGAUCUCUUUCUGCCGUCAAUUAUAUUCAUCUGUGCAUAAUUCCAGAUUAUUGUUUUUCUGCAUCCGUUUCUUGAUUGUACCGCUAUUUCAGUGUAUAAUAAUUGAAGAAGUAAUCAUUGAAAAUUUAGCCAAUCUGAUCAGGCACGUGAAAUCCACGUGUUGUAGGACGAGGGAAACUCAUGACUAGUAUGCAAGGGUGUGUAAAUAUUCUUAUUA